UUUCAUUUAAAGAAGAAAAGGUGAUCUUUUAGGUUAUAACGUUUAAAAAAGUGUUAUUUUAAGAAAAUAAAUUAUUACACAAAAAGAUGUCGAAGUCAAUGAAUAUGUUGCGCACGAGGCGCAGAGACAACAACGUUAAACCCAACCGGAAGUUGGAUCGGAAAUCAUCGAGGGGUAUGAUAUACGAAAACGAAGAGCUACGAUUAAAAACGAUAAACAUCAAUGCGGAAGUGGAGCGCGGCCAAUCGGAUAUAAAAAAAUUAAAGCGCGAGAACGAAAUGUUAAAAAAAGAAAUGUGGUGCUUAAGGGACGCCUACGAUAAACUCGACAAGUUAAUCAAGGAGAAGGAGAUCAAUUUCUCCUCGUCAUCUGGAACCUGUAGCGGUUCCGAAACGGAAUCUUGUAGUACAUGUUCAAGUGAUUCAAACGAAGUCGAAACCAAUCAAAAUUUGGAAAACGUUCAAAAAACGAAUUUGAAAAGCCUUCAUGUCGAUUUUGAUCACCUUUCUGUUGUACCAGAAGAAAAUUCAACGGAAAACUCGGAUAAAAACUCAAUUCCAAACGAAAAUAAUAAUAAUUGGGGCACGAAUGAAAGAAACGACGUUAUAAAACCGGAUCAAUCGUAUCCAAGCUUUGAGACUUUAACAAAACCAACGUCGCCAACAAUUUUGAUCGAAGAGGAAGAAAAGCCGCCACCGAAACACUUUUUUUCGCCAAUUAAUAAAUUAAGUAGAAGUUGUGAAGGGCCUUUAAACGACGACGAUUAUGUGGUGAAUUGUUAUGAUCCAAAUCCGGGACAUUUUUAUCCCCACUUGGAUUUAUAUCCUCCGUACGAAAAUAUUAAUUUAAGAAGACAACAACACAAUCUAAAUUUAAUGCACCCAAUAAGCAAAUCAAGCACGGAUUUAAUUGUUAAAAUGGAUAAUCAUAAUUUUACAAAUACAAUUACUUCGAGUACUUUUAGUAAUGGAGGAAAUUUAGAGGAAUUAUUAAAUGAUAUUGAAAGCAUCUCACAGGAUAUUUUGAAAUUAUCUAAUUCUAAUUUAAAUUAUCCUAAUGGAAGUGAAAUAAUUCAAAAUGAAACGAUUCAGCAACAACAAAUUAAUAAUGUAGCUUUAACCCCGAGUUUAAAUUCGAUUAAUCCAAUAAAUAAUGAAAUUUUAGAGCCAAAACCUUAUAAAAGUGAGUUAAACGUUGUUUUAAUGCCAACACCGAUGCCACUAAUUGGUUUUGAUAAGUAUAGAAACGUCCAAAACAGCGCAGAAUCAUUAAAAACUAAGUCGUUAGAUGAUGUAAAACAAGAAAAUCCGUUUUAUUUCGGUUCAGGAAACGAUUAUUUUAACCGUUACAACCCAGAUAAUUUUAUUAACAACGGAAUUGUUGAUAAAACCAAAAAAAACGACCUCGAAAAAAUUGAAACACCAUUUAUAAACAACGAAAACGACGAGAACACAAAAAUUAAAACGAAAUUAGAGAAAGAUGUUGACCAGAAAAAGACCUCAUUGGUAAUUGAGAAUAAAAAACCGGAAAAACAACCAAAAUUAAGCAUUAGAAGGAAAGUUUCCAUUCAUUUUAAAGGGAAAAAAACGAAAAAUAAAGAAGAAAAGUUAAGUUUAAGUUCGGCAACGCCUAAAACACCGGAAAAAAGAAACAUUUUCGAUUUAAAAUUCGAUAAAAAACACGAUUUACAAAAAACCCCUAGUUUAGAUUCAAAAAAAUCAACCACGUUAGAUAACGAUCAAAAAAGGACUUCAUCAGAAACUAGAAAAACCCCCGAGAGAAAAUCAAGCGUUGAUAAGACAUCGAAAACGCGUAAAAGUCAAUCUUUAUCGCCCGAAAAACACGUGCAAGUUAAAGAUGAAAAAAAGCAACACAAAAAGCAUAAAAGUAAAGCGGAGAAAUUAAAAAAUCGGAGAAGUACUAUAAGUAAUAACGAAAAAUUUUCGAAUUCAACCGAACGGUUUUUAAGGGAACGAAGCUUUUCUGUUUGUACGGAUCGUUCGAAUAUCAUAGGAUUAGGUUUUAACUCCGCUCAUAGUGUUUACGAUGAUUAUUUAUCCGAAAGGGAACGUACGAAUAGUUUAAGUAGUUGUGGAACUGUUAAAAUGCGAAAAAUGUCGAAUAUUUCUAAUUUUCCAGUCGCCGGAAAAAUUCCGUGGUGCGGCUGUUGGGGAAACGGAUGUUUAUAAAUUAAAAAGAUUUGUAAAUUUUUUCUAAAUAAAUAAAAGCACUCACCUAUUGAAA